CUCUCUCAAAGGAAUAAAAUCUUUAAAAAUAUAUUUUGUCAAAAAUGUGAGGCAUUCUAUAGGUCUUCUGUUAGGGUUCAUGAACAGGAACUAUGUUGAGGUAUGGGCUUUAGUAUCUGGAAGGAAUCUGAUUGAUGAAUCCAUCUUGAUCAGUUUAUGGAUGUGGGCACUGAGGACCAAGGAGGAUUAGUUGAUCUUCCAGAAGUCACAUAGUUUAGAACCCAGGUGCACUUUCUUGCUCAUUCCUUUUAUUACUUCAUGGGCCUACACUGUGCUCUGAAAUCUGACCACCAGUCCUGAGGAAUGAUAAUGGAUGACUAAAAAGGAUCUUAGAACAGCUAUUGAAUAACAGGGACAUCCCUUGGAUAGAUUGCUCUCUCUCUUGUGGCUGCAGCCCUGGGGGGUCAGACUGGGAGGCCAGUGUGGGACUUAGGACCCAGCAACCAGUUCGAGGACACAACCUAAGGCUCUGAUAGGCUCCAAGCUGGGGAUUUUCCUUGUAGGGUCUCCCCCACCCCAUCUCUAUCACAUGGCAGUAAGCCUAAUCUUUGGGGUCCUGAAAGUCCAGACUGGGCCGCCGCCAUCUCUCAUACAGUACACCUUCCCAGGGACACUUAAAGCUCAUCUGUUGGCCGUCAUGAUAACUAUACAGAGAAUGGUCCCAUCUUAGAUCCAAUGUCUUGUGCAUUGCAUAAGCACCAUGGUUUACAGAAGGCCAGACUAGCCACUCAGAGCCCCUCACACCAGACAAGGGCUGGAUCAAGCCCUAGGGUCAUGAUACACCAAAGUGGGUAUCCCCACUGGUGUACCCUGCCCCCCAGCCUGACUUGGAUGUGGGGCUGUGCACAGCCAUCUUGUGCUCAGAAUUUAGGAGAGGGGCUAGAUCACACUGAUGAUGAGGCAGGCACAGAUUUUUUUUUUUUUAAUGAUUUCCAAGGUUCAUGACACUGAUUUCCCUGUGGAGCAAACAUGGUCAGGUUGGGGUGGGGUGGGGGUGACUGGCUGACCAGACAGAUGGGCAGACCCAGGCAGGCUAUGGACAAAACACUGAACAGCAGGCCUGGCCCUCCGACAUGAACCAGAACAUGGUUGGACCUGGGGACACAGGGCUAACAGGAAAGGACACAGGCCACUGUCAGGACACACAGCCAAAGCUAGGACCCUGCUGACGUGGCAGCCCUCGGCCCUGGCCCCUUACUGCCCCCCACCCCUCUCCCCCGCCUGCCAGCUGCCAACAGGGCUCUGCCCUGUGUCUGCCACACCUGUCACUGCCUGUCCUUGUCCGGGGGGGGGCCCAUCAGCCCCUCCUCAGCUGCCCAGCAGAGCAAGCGGUUAGUGGGGAGGGGAGGGAACAUGGAGCGGGGGCCGGUGGUGGGGGCAGGGCUGGGGGCCGGGGCCCGAAUCCGGGCACUGCUGGGCUGCCUGGUCAAGGUGCUGCUCUGGGUGGCGUCUGCCUUGCUGUACUUUGGAAGUGAACAGGCCGCCCGCCUGCUGGGCAGCCCCUGCUUACGGCGCCUCUACCAUGCCUGGCUGGCAGCAGUGGUCAUCUUUGGGCCCCUUCUGCAGUUCCACGUCAACCCUCGGACUAUCUUCGCCAGCCACGGCAACUUCUUCAACAUAAAGUUUGUGAAUUCAGCAUGGGGCUGGACAUGCACCUUCCUGGGGGGCUUCGUGCUGCUGGUGGUGUUCCUGGCUACACGGCGUGUGGCAGUGACGGCACGGCACCUGAGCCGGCUGGUGGUGGGGGCCGCAGUGUGGCGGGGGGCUGGCCGGGCCUUCCUGCUCAUCGAGGACCUGACUGGCUCCUGCUUUGAGCCUCUGCCCCAGGGCCUGCUGCUGCACGAGCUUCCGGACCGCCGCAGCUGCCUGGCAGCCGGCCACCAGUGGCGGGGCUACACGGUCUCCUCCCACACCUUCCUGCUCACCUUCUGCUGCCUGCUCAUGGCCGAGGAAGCGGCAGUGUUCGCCAAGUAUCUGGCCCACGGGCUGCCAGCUGGGGCCCCUCUUCGCCUCGUCUUCCUGCUCAACGUGCUGCUGCUGGGCCUCUGGAACUUCUUGCUGCUCUGUACCGUCAUCUAUUUCCACCAGUACACCCACAAGGUGGUGGGGGCCGCAGUGGGCACCUUUGCCUGGUACCUCACCUAUGGCAGCUGGUAUCAUCAGCCCUGGUCUCCUGGGAGCCCCGGCCACGGGCUCUUCCCUCGGCCCCACUCCAGCCACAAGCACAACUGAAAGAAAUAAAGGCAAAUCAGGCCUU